AUGGCUUACUACGGUGUCACUAAGGACAUUCCCGUAAUAAUUCAUAAAAAAUUCAGGAACUUGGCAUCGGCGGAGGCAGCGACUCUUGCUCUGACGAACACGGAUGUGUCCGACAUAGAGACGAAACGCAAGAAACUUAAAGCCAGCAAGCCGUGUAAGGCUAAAAAAAAUCUCCCAGUUGAUUACAACAAGCAGUUCGUUGAUUCUUUGAAAACCAAUGAUGUGGUUUGUCAUAAACAAGCUGGGCCGAAUACCCUUGAAAUUGAACAGCCAGCAGGGGAAAUAAUAACGGAGAUAGAAGUUGAGGAAGCGACCGGGAACAUGAUUUCAAAUAACCUGCCGUCCCACAUAACAACGUUCGAAGCAUAUCCCGGUUCGUCAAAUCAAAUUGUGUCCUACCAGGAUAUAUCUCAGUCACCUGCUAACUGUUCGAUUCAGCCUUUGGUGGAACAUUUCGGAGCAAAUGAUGUGAAGACCCAAUUGAUAGUAGAAGGACCCAACUCGCCUAUGUCACAAGAUGAUGUUAUGUAUUCACAGAAUGAAAUAUUCUAUGUAGCUCCCCAAACUUCAACAACAUUGAAUAAAACGCCCAGCUCAGAUGACAGAAUUGUUCAAAUAAUCGAAAACUUAAAAGCACACAUCGAAACAACAAUUGAGAAGGUAGUCGAAUUCACUUUCUGA